AUGCUUGGUCGCCGCGCCGCGCUGCUGGAAGAAGGACUGUUGCGUGCGCUGCACACGGCGCGCGCUGCACCCCGGCUUGCACGCACGCUGAGCACCAAACCGUAUUAUAUCACGACCCCUAUAUUUUACGUAAACGCAGCGCCGCAUAUAGGGCACCUGCACUCGGAUAUCCUGGCAGAUGUGCUGUGCAGGUACCAAACGGUACGAACGAAUGGAUGGUCGCGCCAUGCCUCACCCACAUACCCGCCGCCAACCAGGCCCUAUUUUUCCACAGGUACGGACGAGCACGGAAUGAAGGUCCAGCGUGUCGCAGAGAGCCGCGGGAUCGCGCCGCGAGCCCUGUGCGACCAAGUGAGCCAACGAUUCGAGGAUCUUGCGUAUGCAAUUGGCCUGCAGCAUACACGCUUUAUCCGCACAACCGAUGCGGACCAUGCAGAGGCGGUGCGCACGUUCUGGCGCACGCUGGUCCGCAAUGGCCAUAUUUACUUGGGCAGGCACGAGGGGUGGUACAGUGUAUCUGACGAGGCGUUCUACCCCGAGACGCAAAUCCAGCAGGUGGAGCAGGACGGUGAGACGUUCCACAUUGCGACAGAGAGCGGCCAGCGCGUCGAAUGGACAACCGAGGUGAAUUACAAGUUCCGGCUCUCGGCCUUUCGUGAGCGGCUCAUAGCAUGGCUCGAGGCGCGCCCCAAUGCCAUUGUGCCUUAUGCCGUGUACGAUCACGUCCUUUCCGAGCUGCGCCAAGGACUCGGUGAUCUGUCCGUGUCUCGCCCGCGGAGCAGGCUGCAUUGGGGCGUGACGGUCCCCGAUGACGCAGACCAUACCAUCUACGUAUGGGUCGAUGCAUUGGUAAACUACUUGACCGCCGUGGGAUACCCAAACACAGACACAUAUUCUUUCCAAGCAUGGCCCGCCGAUGUGCACGUCGUCGGGAAGGAUAUCGUGCGCUUCCAUGCCAUCUACUGGCCGGCUCUGCUCAUGGCCGCUGACCUGCCGCUGCCCACGACCGUACUCGCGCACGCUCACUGGACGGUGGAGAAGGCCAAGAUGUCCAAGUCGCGCGGGAAUUCGGUGGAUCCGUUCGAGGCGCUUGCCACCUACGGAGUCGAUACCCUCCGCGCCUUUCUCAUGCGCGUCGGCGGCAAUCUCGGCACCGAUGCAGAUUACAGCGCCACGCAGGUCGAGGCAUUCCAGCGCAAGUACCUGCAGGGCCAGCUGGGCAAUCUACUUUCACGCAUCCUUGCGCCCAAGAUCCAAGCGCGCCUCGCAGCGAGCGCACAGGACGAAAUGCUCGCGGCGCCGCAGCUAUCAAAAGACGAGGCAGAGCUGUGGCAAACGUUGGUGGCUCUGCCACACGUGUGGGACGAUUGCAUGACGCGCUACGAGUUGGCCAAGGCUAUGCAGUCCGCAUUCCAUGUGAUUGGGCUUGCGAACGAGUAUGUACAGCGGGUCGCACCAUGGUCCGCAGAGACAGACGUGGAUGCGGUGCGCCGCGCUGUGUACGCUGCAACAGAGACACUGCGCGUCGUGGGCAUCCUUCUACAGCCCAUGAUGCCAACCGCAAUGACCAGCUUGCUCGACACGCUAUGUGUAGAGGAGCGUACAUGGGAUGCAUGCUGCAUACACCGCGACGCGAUCCCCCUGCGGCUCGCGAAAUUCAAAAUCCCGCCGCUGUUCCCGCGGGCACUCAGCAAAUAG